AUGCCUUAUAGUCAUCAUUCACACUCUGGUCAAUUUUGUCGUCAUGCUGCGGGAAGUCUCGAAGACGUUGUUCUUGAAGCCAUACGGAGUGGCUUCGAAGUGUAUGGGCUUACUGAGCACGUUCCUAGAUAUCGGAUUGAGGACUUAUACCCCGAAGAGGCAGGAAUGGAUCUGCAAGCUCUGCAUGAUCAGUUUGACGCGUUCGUGUAUGAAGCCCAUCGCCUCAAAGCGCGAUAUGCGUCUCAAAUCACCUUGCUCGUCGGAUUAGAAACAGACUACAUUACUUCUAUCGACUUGGACCAAUUGGAUGCCUUGCUAGAACGCAAUCGCGGUAGGAUUGAAUACAUCGUUGGCUCCAUCCAUCACGUUGGAGAAAUACCCAUCGAUUUUGAUGUAGAUACGUUCAGAAAAUCCCUAGCCCAACAGCCAGGAACAUCGGAGAACGAACGGAUGGAGAACUUCCUAUGCCGCUACUUUGAUGCACAGUUCCACGUAUUGCAGAGAUUUCAUCCUGAGCUUAUUGGUCACCUUGAUCUAUGUCGACUAUAUCAUCCGGAGAUACGGCUUUCGGACUACUCUCGCUCAUGGAAGCGAUUGAAGCGUAAUAUAUCUUAUGCCAUCGAAUAUGGAGCUCUGUUUGAAGUAAAUGCUGCCGCGUUCAGAAAGAAUUGGAACACUGCAUAUCCUGCGGAAGAUUUGUUGAAGGUCAUCCUUCAAGAUGGCGGAAGAUUAGCGCUAUCCGAUGACAGUCACGGUCCUCAUGCAGUUGGAUUGAACUAUCGCCGUCUCCUGGAAUACCUCCGACGUGAAGGCGUUUCCGAGUUAUGGUACUUGCAGUUUUCUGAAAGUCCCAAUAAAGCCGGACGCAAUAUACAAGCUGUCAAGGCUCCCGGUGAGUGGUGGAAUCAUUCAUUCUGGAACAAGGAGUAG